CCCUCCCCUCCUCCUCAUUCGCCCGUCCCUUUCUUGUCUCUUCCCUCCUAAGGCGAGCUCGCAAAAAAAUUAUAUCCGCCUGAGACUCCUCUUUACCCUCUCUUUUGUUCUUCUCUUUCGUUGAUACCCCGUCCCACAUAAUAUCGCACCGUCUCGCGCACACACCGACCAAUCACAAUGCCGAUCCAAUUACUACCCGCAUCGGCUGCGGCCUUUGCGCCCCGAUCUACCGUCAACGUGGUCCUCAACUCCAAGGUUGAGCCAUGGUUAACCCAGACCCUGAAGAGAGUCAACCGAGUCAAGCGACCACUCAACAGCGUACAGCAACAUUCGCGGUGCUUGACAGAAACACUCUCGGGUCCCAACGCCAUGUGGUCAUUGUGCUCCAUCAUGGUUCCGAAGGCCCCGGAUUCGGAACUACGCAAGGAUUCCAACCCACUGGUCGAAGCGCUGUUCAACUACCAGCUAAUCCACAUCGAGGCCUACGUCGUACACGUCGACAUGGUGUCACAACAUGAGGUUGCAUUCAAGCUUACACCAGAGACCAUCGAAGCGCUUAUCGAGUACCACAAGGACAUCUACUCGGUCGACGUGUCUGCCAGCACAUGGGAGUGGGCCGAGAAGGAGCAGCAGCUCAAGAAGCUUCAGGACAAGUUCGUACAGGCGGUUCAACCCGUUACGUGUUCCGCACUGGUGAGAACUACUUCGAGGGGACGAGGAGAGGACGUCAAGAGCGCCAUUAUGGGAUUGUUCCUUCCCCUUCUGCCCCCACCGCCAAGGAUCGUCGACGUUGUCCGACCAGCACCGCUUCUCCCAAGCUCGCCCGGAUCUGCAAACUGGUGGGCGCCAACACAGCACAUCCCCGUGUCACACGCUGCCCCGAUGGACUCAUGGAGAGUUGUUCCAUCGACUCCCAGCCCGACCAUUGGAACUUGCGGUGAGACCCAGCCAUCCUUCUGGAGCACCAUGGGAACCAUGGGCUUCGAGGCUAUCCAGCUGCCGUCGCCCACGCCAUCCUUCAGCCAGCCAUACAACUGCACGAGUCCAUACACGUCAAGUUCGUACUACAGCCCGCCACCGGCGUCGGCACCGAUCCCUGCCCUUCCUCUGCCGAGUGUGCUGGCCCAGCAAUGCGGGUCAAGCGCGGUGCACGGAGGGUUCGGCGGAUUCGGAUGGGACACGGGAUUCGCACCACAGUACGCAGCGUUUGUAUAAGCGCAGAAGUGAUACUGUGAUACCUGCUGUCUCUCUCACCAUGUCGAAGCUGGGAAGCGUGGACCUGGCCAGUCCCCUUGCUCUUCCUUUGGGUUGCUUGCGCACCAACCUCAUGCUACGCCGACACGAGACGAAUGCGAUAUGCACGACAUGAUGUUCACACCGUGACAUCAUGACACCAACCACGCAUGGGAUGGAGUUAUCAUCGAUUUUAGCGAGCGUGUUUUUUUCCUCUCCUCUUCUCUCGUACAUUUUCCUUUGAUACCUGGCUCAUUUUUUGUCAUUU